AAGUUUUUCACUUAUAAUCAAGAAAAUAAUGGACCAUUUCGUUAAUUGAUUUUUUAAGUUGACUUGAAGUGUAAAACUCCUAUCCUAUCGUAUAGUGAUGAUGAGUUUAAGCAGAUUCUGGAGAUUCGUGGAAAAACUUUGGAGCAACUACCAGAAGAUGUUAACAUCAUAAAGGAAUGGCUGAAGAUGCAGCCGCAUUUACCCAUGCAUCCGACGGACAGACAAAUCGUCUGUUUCUUAAUAAUGAACAAAUUCUCGAUUGAAAGAACGAAAGAAAAAAUUGAUGCCAAUUACACUAUCAAAGGAUUGAUGCCGGAAUUGUUCAGCAAAUCACCGUUACAUCCGGACGUCCAAAAAACGAUCUCCUUAGUUUCUUGCGGAUUUAUGCCUAAAUUGAAUAAGAAAUUGAACAGAGUUUACGUGUGCCGGUUAGAAAGUACAGAUGUUGUCCUGUUGGAUGGGUACAAUUACUUUUGCUCGUUUUUGGAGAUGAAAACAAUCUGCGAUUUCAGCGAUUCCGAUGAAUACAUCUUCGAUUUUAGUUAUUUUCCGAUGAAAAUGGUCACGAAAUUCAAUCCCAUGGAUUUUAAACGAGUGCUCACUUUAGUUGAAAAAGUUUACUCGAAUCGUAUUGCUGGCCUUCAUUACGUAAAUAUUCCAUCUUAUGCUGAAGCUAUGAUAAAUUUGAUUAUAUCGUUCUUGAAACCGAAGAUUCGAGAAAGAGUGCGCAUCCAUAAAAGCCUCGAGACUUUGGGUGAGUUUUUCGAGAAGGAUCAAAUUCCUAAAGAGUUCGGUGGAACUGGAAUAUCGUUGUCGGAAAUUUGUGAUAAUAUGAACGUUUUAUCUAAGGAAUACGAUGAAUACAUCAAGGAAUCCAAUAAUGCAAGAGUGGACGAAUCUUUGAGACCGACCAAACUCAUCAACGAUGAUUUCUUGGGUUACCAUGGAAACUUUAAGAAACUUCAAGUCGAUUGAUUCGCAUCACUUAUUAUUUUUUUUUUUAAAUUUCAUUUACAGCAUUAUUUCUAUGACUACUGUAAAAUAUAAAUAA